UCUUUUACGUCAAACAGCCGACGUGAUUGAACGUUCAAAUACCGAAUUCAGAAUACUCCCAAAGAUUGUGCUUUUCUAUUUGCUUUUCACGACCAAAUCACCAUGGCCCAUUCCGAUAAUAACGUACUAGAAGACGGCCUCUCCGCCGAAGAAAUGAUGAAUAACGGCCAUGGUCUCACUUACAACGACUUUAUAAUACUACCCGGAUAUAUUGAUUUUACGCCAGAUGUUGUGGAUUUAACAACCCAACUAACAAAAAAAAUUACACUAAAAGCCCCACUCGUUUCUUCACCAAUGGACACGGUCACAGAGGCGGCGAUGGCGAUAGCUAUGGCUCUCUGUGGUGGUAUCGGCGUUAUACAUCACAACUGUUCGCCAGAGUAUCAAGCUAAUGAAGUACUUAAAGUAAAAAAAUAUAAACACGGAUUUAUCCAUAACCCCGUCGUUUUGUGUCCUACAAAUACGGUAGCUGAUGUUCUUAAAACUAAAAAAGAACAAGGCUUCUCUGGCAUUCCAAUCACACAAGACGGAAAAAUGGGCGGCAAGCUCGUCGGAAUAGUUACGUCACGAGAUCUGGACUUUUUAGAAGAUCAGAAUUAUGUUAAUACCAAGCUUGAAAGUAUUAUGACAAAGCUAGACGAUCUCGUUACAGCUCAGUUGGGAGUAACACUUCCAGAAGCCAAUUCCAUUCUUGCUAAAAGCAAAAAAGGUAAACUUCCCAUCGUCAACGCGGAAGGAAAUCUAGUCGCGUUAAUGGCACGCACAGAUCUGAAAAAAGCGAAAAGUUACCCUACUGCAUCCAAGGAUGAUAAUAAACAGUUGAUUGUUGGGGCAGCCAUUGGUACACGUGACGAAGACAAAGAACGACUUCGACAUCUGGUCACUGCUGGAGUUGAUGUUAUUAUUUUGGAUUCUUCCCAAGGCAAUUCAAUAUAUCAGAUUAACAUGAUAAAGUUUAUUAAGCAAACAUACCCGAAUUUGCAAGUGGUAGCAGGGAACGUUGUCACUGUCAAACAAGCAAAGAAUCUUAUUGAUGCUGGUGCUGAUGCUUUACGCGUAGGAAUGGGAAGUGGAAGCAUCUGUAUCACCCAGGAAGUGAUGGCAGUAGGGAGAGCUCAAGCGACUGCCGUUUAUCGAGUCUCACAGUACGCCAAAAAGUUUAACGUGCCAGUCAUAGCAGAUGGUGGCAUUCAGUCUAUUGGUCAUAUUAUCAAAGCUUUAUCUUUAGGAGCGUCAUCUGUGAUGAUGGGUUCUAUGUUGGCGGGAACUUCAGAAGCUCCCGGUGAAUAUUACUUUUCUGAUGGAGUCAGAUUAAAGAAAUAUAGAGGAAUGGGAAGUAUAGAAGCUAUGGAUAGAAAAGAUGCUCAAGGUUCAGCGAUGAACAGAUAUUUCCAUAGUAAUGCAGAUAAACUAAAAGUAGCGCAAGGUGUUAGUGGUAGUAUCGUCGAUAAAGGUUCAGUAUUUCGCUUUGUUCCGUAUUUACAAUGUGGACUUAGGCAUGGAUGCCAAGAUAUAGGAGUAAAAUCGCUAAUCAAACUAAGAUCCAUGAUUGAUUCUGGAGAUCUAAGAUUUGAACUGAGAUCUCAUUCUGCACAACUGGAAGGGAAUGUUCACAGUCUGUUUUCCUAUGAGAAAAGAUUAUUUUAAGUGGGAUCAACUUCAUUUUUAUAUUUAAGAGAAGAACUAAAAUUAUUUUUGUAUAAAUCAUAAAGGACGUGAAACCCAGCAUGUACAUAUGAAUUUGUUUUAAAACAAGAAUGAUAAUGAACUGAAAUUGUAAAUGUUAGGCAAUCUACUAGUAUAUUUUAUUUUAUACGAUCUUGUUUCAAAGUAUUUAAAAAAGGUUAUCGUUGAUAAAGUAGAUACUUCCAUUGUAUCGUGAUUAAUAUGUGUACCUUAUUUAAAAAAUAUGUAUAUAAGAACGAUAUACUGUCGUAAAA